AUGGCUAAAGAAUACGCCCUCAACUUCACCGGCGACGUCAUGCUAGGCCGGCUCAUCGACCAACUCUACCUAACCCACGUCUCCAACCCCGAAGACCAAAAACACAUCCGCGUCUUCCAAGCCCGGCACGCCUCUCGACUAGGAUUCGGAAAGUACACUGUAUCAAGUCCCUGGGGCACCGUCCUGCCUCUCCUAGCAGAUGAGGGAGAUUUAAAUCUGAUAAACCUCGAAACAUCAAUAACAACCCAUCCAACACCCUGGCCUGACAAGACAUUCAAUUAUCGCAUGCAUCCUGCCAAUGCAGUUCCGAUUCUUGCAGCGGCAAAGAUAGAUUUUGCCUGUUUGGCGAAUAAUCAUACCCUUGAUUUUGUCUGGACAUUAAAGCAUUCCUCCUCCCCCGAACAACAACACAGAAUCGCGAUAGCGGGUGCCGGCGAAUCAACACAAGAAGCCGUUUCACCAGCCAUACUCGAAUUACCACGUAGCAAGAGUCAGCACGGCGUCAAACACGGUGGUCGACCAGGAGCAUUAUCCAGCAAGGAUUUGGAGGAGAGGAAAGGGAAACAUCUGAUUCAUGUCUAUGCUGCGACAGAUCAUCCGCGUGCAUGGAGUGAUGUACCGACCUUUCAUUUUGUGGAUUAUUCGGAAAAGUCGAGGGAGCAUCUUAGACGGAUUACCUCGAGAUAUUCCACUCCUGUUUCAGGGUCUGAGGAAGCGUCAUUGAAGAUACUCUCUGUCCACUGGGGUCCGAAUUAUCGCUGGCAUCCAGCGCGCGAAAUCAGAUCAAUGGCUCAUUUCCUCAUUUUUGAAUGCGGUAUUGAUAUUAUCCAUGGUCACUCGUCGCAUCAUGUCCAGGGAAUAGAAUGUCCUGCGCCUGGAAAACUGAUCAUUUAUGGUUGUGGGGAUUUUGUGGAUGAUUAUGCGCUUAAUAAGGAGUUUAGGAAUGAUUUGGGGGCUUUGUAUAGGGUUAUUGUUAAGGAAGAGAUGGGGGCGAAGAAAGUGAAGCCGGUUAGGUUGGAGAUCUUUCCGACGAAGAUUACGCAUUUUCAGGCGUAUUUGUUGAGGCAUAAGGGGGACAAGGAUCAUGAUUGGGUUGUGGAUACUAUCACCAGAUUGACUAACGAGCUAAUGAGGUCGGAAUGUGACUGUGGAUAUGCGCAUGAUACGAAGAAGAACAUUUUCAGACCUAGUUUAGGGGAUAGAGGACAGCUCAUUAUUGACUUGGUUUAG